AUGGACGGCUGGCGCCCGCGACACUCGCGCGACAACGGUAUAUUUCGCGGCUCUGAUGAAGCGAUUGCCAUGCCCUUCACGAGAGCCGCAUCACUAACUUGACUUGGUUGUACAAAGACAGCUCAGAUGCUACGGGCGAGUUCCGCAUAAGGGGCAUCUCGACACGCCGUAGUAAUGACUUGGACGCACCUCCUCGUGGAGAGCAUCAUUACCACCGCGAGCGGACUAGCCGCUAUGAUUCUGGACGCGACAGGACUGUAGUCUACGAAGAGCCACAGGGACCGCCAGCCAAUACUGGGGAAGACGACGCUGCGCUCGCGGGGACGAAGUCCAAAUUUCUGCUGGUCCGUGGGCUUAAGGUCAACACGGACGAGACUCUGCUUAGCAAUGGACUGAAGAAGUUCUAUUUGGAUGAGCCUGAAUGUGGCGGCGGAUCACAGCCAAAGCCAGAUCCGUCCGUACAGCCAACACCAAAGCCAAUGCCACUCGCAAAGCCCAUGCCGCCUGGUUGUGUCGCAAACCCGUCUGGCCCGUCGGGAGCCCGGCCGGGAAGCCUGAAACGGGUGUUCAUAAUCCGGGAUCGAGACACAAACAAAAGUAUGAAGUAUGGAUUCGCUGAGUAUCAUUCUAGCACCGACGCGAGCGCCGCGCAGGCCAAAUGCAUUGAACUCGGAGAUAAGAGCACCAUAUCAUCAUCAAAAAUCACGCUCGAACCGGCUGACCCUGGCAUCUUUGCUCCUGUUAUUGGUCGUCUGAAACGCGAUAGCCAAUUCUUCUUCGAACAUGGGGGCAACCUCUUCCAAUAUCGCGACCAGCGUUACUGGGCAUCUCCUAUGCUGAUCAAUGAAGAGCCUCCAGUCGAAGAGAAGCCAAGCGCGGACAACCCUGCUGGCGAAUUGGCCCAGCCAAGCAAGAAGCGCGCCAUGACUGCAGGCGUCGACCCCUCGGACAGCGGCAGGACGAAGAAGCCCAAGACGGGUAAUCUCCAGAUUGCUGAGAAAUGGCAGAAGAAGCAAGCUGAGCUUCGAGGCGAUGAUGGUGGCGAGGACGACCAGAAAAAUACCUCUGAUGCGCUAUCGGACUCCCACCCAGCACAGGCAGAUGGUCAAUCCUCUGCAGUACAACCUAUAGCUCAGAGUUUCAUCUGGCAGCGCGAGGUCAAAGGGCAGACCAAGAACUCUUGCUUGCUAUGCCUCACGGACUUACCGACCCACAUCGAGCCCCAGCGUCACGUCAAGGAGAGCGCGAAGCAUGCGGCCAACAUGAAAGAUGAGGUGAAAUACAAGCAAGGUCUCGAAAACUUGAAAAAGCGCGGCGUCGUUGAGGAAUCGACUCUGAAAGUCUUUCCGGAUGUUGAAAAGCGUUCGCCGAGUCAUGAGCGGCCGACUCAGCAAAGAGAAUUUCAAGAUAGAGCGGCUAUGCGACGCGAGAUGGAAGCCAAAGCCGACACUGCUAGCAGUCUUGCCACGAAGAUCAGCAUCCCUCUUGGCAACGAUCACCAAGCGAAGAAAAAGCAGACCCCGGAGAUCGCCAAGGACGCAUCCAGUGGAACCGCAUACGGCAAGGGCAUGGCUAUGCUGAAGAAAUCGGGAUGGAAGGCCGGAGAGCCACUCGGCUCAGGGGACGGAAUCGUUCAGCCGAUUGAAACGAACAUGUACCAGGCAGGUGUUGGACUUGGUCACGAGAGCAGCAAGAUCGGAGACGCUGUCGCGGAGGCUCGACGAUUCACGCAGGCUGGCAAUGGUGGAGGUGGGUUCAUCGAGAAGACUAAAGAGGUGUUCAAGGACAGGUUCGAGAAGAUGUCCUAG